AUGACAUUAAUUAUAGGGCGUGGUGCUGACGAGGAGCACGGGGGCCUGCGGUGCAGUUCACCGUGGUUGCUGGGUUAUGAUGGUGGCUUGGUUGACAGUGAUGAGAGGGAAGGCAGAUGUGUAUGGGACCUGCGGGUGAGGGAAGAGAUUGGGAGCAAGGGUGAGGUUUGGUGUGAGCCGUGGUUUCGGGAAGAAGCAGGGAAAGCCUGGUGGCCGGUGAGGGAGAGUGAAAUGGGUGGCCGUGGAGGAUUGUCGCCGCCGUCAAAACGAGGCGGUCGGAGCGACGCGAUG